AUGCUGGCGACGACACGGAGACUGACCAAGCCGUUCAUGGCGGGCGCGCGCUCAUUUGCGGCCAAAGGCAAAGGCGGAGCUGCCGCUGUGGAAGAAGUUGUGGACCUGACCACGGUGGUGCCCACCAACAUUUUUAAGGACGGAGCCCACCCGGAGCUCAAGGACAAGUCCGAAUACCCGGAGUGGCUCUUCACGCUGCUGGACCCCAAGCCAACGCUGGGCGAACUGGAGCGCACAGGCUUCGACAAUCUUGAGAUGGAGGAGCAGCACCGCUAUCUCGUCCUACUCAAUCGCCGUUCGGUCAAGGCCAACAACGCCGAGAAGGCCAAGAAGUAA